CUGCAGGUAUGUGUCACCUAUCUUGGGUUUGUCAUAAAUGGACAAGAUCAAAAGCCGCCAAAAGGCGUCAGGCAGCUUUGCACAUUCGUAAGACUCAUCGAUUACUACAGUCUACGCGCUUUUUUGAACGCCCCUACGGAGAAGGAUGUUUUCUGUACGAAGACGCCGGAGUGCAGAUGUUCCUUCAACAUGAUAAAGGCAACACUGAGCUCUUUCCUCCAACUGACUCAUUUCGACCGGAGCUACGUGAUCGCCUCCGUCGACGCCGAAGUCACUGUCGAGUUCACUGAGUACUGUCGUCAUCUUCCACAAGUGAUCGGAUACGUGAAAUUUGGCGAAUUGCCUGAAUUCAACCGCGACCCUUCUUUAUGGCGCUACUACAAUCGCAGAGACACACAGCUGUCUCGGAAUCACUGCGGAAUGCUAAUCGCAUUCCACAUAGUGACCGAGAUCACUACAAUAUCGUGUCCUAACAGUUCUACACAAUGCCCAACCACAACAACGAUUAUGAAGAUGCUCGCUCGAAGCUAG